GCUUGGCCUGAUGGACAGGGGGGCCCCUCCCUCACAGGGAAGUUCUUUCAGAUUUUGGCGAGGGGAGGUUAACCCUCACUUUCUCUGGAUACCCAUCCACUGUUUGCCUCUGUGUUGAAAGCCAUAGAGAUCUUGGUACUGUAUCUUAGAGACCCUCCCACUUCAGACCUUGAACUGUGUGUGUAUGAGAGAGCAAGUGAGUGUAGAGCCUACCUGGCAGAGGUGUGCUGUAAGGAUGUAUGUGUGUCGAAUCGCAGCAGUGCGCAUGAGGUGUGUGUGCGUGCGCACGUUCACGCUGCAGAGGGUAGAGCUGUUGUCGCUGCUACUGCCACUGCUCUUGGCACGACUGGCUCCUGGUGAGGGGGCAAACACAUUCCUUGGCAUCAGCGUAAAGUCUCUCCCACUUAGACAUAUACAUACACACACACAUACACACAAACUAGCUGAACAGCUUUGGUUGUUACCACUGCUGCAUGGUUUGGCUGCAACUGAAGUCUGGAGGGGGGGCUAAUGUUUAGUGCUGGUCAGUCUGGGAUUGCUCUGUCGUUCAGAGCUGUGAAUAGCAUUGGAGGGAUAACAGGCAUCUGAACAUCUGAACUUGGAUAGUACCUAUGUGACUAGUAUGUGAGCUGUGUUCUCGAGGGAGCCUACAGCUGUUCAGUGUUUCUGUUCGCUGAUCUAAAGGAGCUCUGUUUCAGACUCAGAGCCUGGCGGACAUCGUUGACGUUGACGUAUUAUUGAGACACUUUUCCGAGGAGGACCACUGAGAGCAAUGAGUUCCACUCUCCCACGUGAGUGGAGGGACUACAGCCACCUCUGCUCCUGUGCAGAGUGAACUUCUCAGAGUUGUUACGACCUUUGACCUUGACCCUGCGGGACCUGUGCUGCUCAGGAGUAGCCCAUGGGAGCCUCGGUGAUUUGACCCUGCCGUGUGUAAAUCUGCAGGAGGUUUGUACCCAGUGUGAGCUGCAGACAUGAGCGACAUGCAGCCCGUGGAGGGUCCGAUGGGCCCUUCAGAGGGCGCCCAGCACGGCAUGACACUGGCCUUGCGGGACGGAGACCAAAAUGGGAAUGCCUUUGCGGAGUCUUCCUCCUCUUCCUCUUGCUCCCCGUCCUGCCAGAGCGAGUCGUCUCCAGACUCCGUGCGCAGCUCCAGCAGUCUGAGCAGUGGUCGCUCUGACAGUCCCCUGGAUGUUGACAUGCAAGAAUGCACUGAGAGACAGAAGCUCCUAGCUGGCAGCAGUGGCCAUAUUGAGAUCCCCAAAGAAACGCCAGUGCUGGAUCCUGACAACGUGGUUCAGCAGUGUGACUGCUCUGAGUCCAAUGAGAUCUCCGUUUCUGUGUACCUGGAUGCCCGUGACCAUGACGACGACAACACCUGGAACAACAAUGAGAACCUUGCUCUGGUGUUCAUCCAGGAAGACACCCACGGUGACCACGGUGAUAUCCAUGGAAAUCACUAUGGCAACCAGAACGGCAGUCGCAGACGUUACUCUGAGGACUCACCGGCCCCUCUGUGCUCCUCGGAGAAUGACGAUAUUGAUGAUGAUGAUGAUGAUGAUGAAGAUGGCGAUCAGGAGGACUUGUUCCUGUCAGUGAGUUCAGGAGACAUGGUUAUGAGGAGCGUCACCAUCAGCCUGGACGGCUCAGAGCGAGCCCUCAGCAGUGUGUCCGUCCUGGCCGACUCGUCCACCUCCUCCUCCGACGACCACGAGCCCCUGUCCUCACACUCACCCCCACUCACAGAGAAGACCCAGGGUCUGGGAUCAUCUAGUCUCACCACCCCUGCCUGUCCUGAAGGUCUAGCUCUCACAGAGGAUCCGCAGCAGGAGCCUGUGGAUGCUGCUGCUGAGGUGUGCAUGGUGGAUGGGACGGAGAAGGAGAAGGAGAAGGAGGGGGAGGAGGCAGAUGGGGAGGUCCAGGAAGGGACAGCCAAACUCUGUUCCGCCUCAGUAAUGAAUGAAACAAAGGUGGAGGUCCCCAGUGUGCAGGUGAAAGACACCCCUGAGGUCCAGACCUCCACCCCAGUUGUUGCUGUCCAUAAGGCCAAGGCGCAAACUGCAGUGGCUCGGGCCAAACCGGCUUGCCGUGCCACCAAAGCGACGGCAUCUAAGCCUGGCAAGAACGUUGUCAAGAGGUUUCCCAAGCCAGACCUGAAGAAUGUGAAAUCCAAGAUAAUGUCUCUGCCUUCAUCUGCAACAAAAGUGACCAGGAGUGACCAGCAGGCUCGAGGGAAAAACGUUGUUAGCCAGCUAUCUCCAUGCAACGAGAAGAAGCUUCCUGCCACAGCACUCAGACCUGCCCAGAACAAACAGGAAGGACCAGGAGGUGGCGUGAGGAGGCGAUCCUCUUCCUGCCAGGCAAGAGUGGCUGCACCCAAACCAGCUGUGGCCCGCUGGUCCAACCAGAACUCACGAGCAGCUCCACAGCGGACCAGGAGGAAGGCCUUGCUGCUUAACGGCGUCCGACGGAGUUCAGAGGUCAUCUCCAGUGACGACCCCAGAGACAUGGGACUCGUGGAGGAGCCCGUGCCCCAUCCAGAGGAUCAGGAGGAGCGAGCGGAGGGAGCUGGAGAAGCUGCUUCCCCUGAGCGCACUGACGGCCCUGAUUCUGCUGCAGACGCAGCAGUGAAGGAGCAGUCAUCAGAGCUGCAGGGAGAUGGUGACCAGACCGUCUCCUCCAAGCUGGGGCCCAAGACCGGCCUGCCCACCGCCGUUGCCUCCGUCGCCGCUGCCAGGGGUGCCUCUACCACCUCUGCCACCUCUGCCUCGGGGUCCGUGCCAGCGCCUGCCUCCCUGGUGUUGGGUGCCUCUCCUGGGACCGCGGCCGCCUCCAGAGUCAAAGCUGGAGUCGGAACGUCCACCACCUCCGGCCGGGACAGUCGCACUACGACAGGGAAUGUGUCUCCUCCGAGGGGCCGGCAAAUCCAGGCGGCGGGAAUUCCAAAGAUGCGGGUACCCGAGCGGAGUCUCACUUCCUCGCAGCCCGCCCCUCCUGCUUCUUCCUCAAAGUCCCCGAAUCCCCCUGCUCCUGGCAUCACCCGCCUCCCCAGCUCCUCUAAGCUACCCGUCAAGGGCCUAACCACAAGCCUCAGCUCAUCGUCGCUAGGUAGCGCCACCAGUGAGACCAACCCCAUCACCACUGCAAGAGCUCCAAACUCUGCUCCAGGAGCUAAGAUCACACACCCAGAUGAGAAGCCCAGUCGCCCUGCAUCCUCAGUGGGCCCGCCGGUCCCAAACAAGCCCCUCGCCACCAAACUCGUGGGCAUGCGAAACAGGACCACCUCCAUUCCUGGCAAAAGCUCAAUAAUAGGCCUGAAGACUCCUGCGCUGGCCAAGCCGACCCACAGCCCCCUGCAGAGGAGCGCCUCCACCCGCCUCAACAGAGCGUCCGCUGCUGCAAUGGGCCGUGAAGGCAGACGCCUCUCGCAGCAGCCAGACUGGGCUCAGGCUCUCUGCGUCCCCAAUCAGCUCCUGCUGGUGGACAGGAACAAGCUGAAACCGGCAGCUCCAGCUUCAGCUCCAGUGUCUUCUCCAGCAUCUCCUCCGGCUCCAGUGGCAUGCCCUCGGCCAGCAGGGACCCGGGCCAGUGGGCAGCCGGGGCUUCCGCCACCAGCGGGGGAGAAGCCCCUGGGCAUCGCCCACUACCGGCAGCAGUGUGAGGGGAAGAGCCAGUGCAUCCAGCAGCUCCGUAAGCUCCUGCUGUCCGGCAACCGACGCCUGGAGGCUCUCGCCCUGGUCGUCCAGCACGUCUUCGCCGAGCGUGAGGAAGACCUAAAGCAGAAGAGAGAUCUAGCAGGAGAGUUGAGUACCAUCAGACAGGAACUUGUGGGCUCUGUCUCGUGCUGUGAGCGUCUGGAGAAGGAGAAGGAGGAGGCGCGGCUGACGUUUGAGGAGACCCUGCAGACGCUACAGGAGGAGCACCAGAAUGAUCUCACACAGCUGGAGGAGCGGCUCAGGGCCUUCUACUCCGCAGAAUGGGACAAGACCCACCAGGCCUACCAGGAGGAGGCCGACAAGUGCCGGGCACUCAUGCAGCAACAGGUGGAGGAGGUUCGAUCCAAACAAGAGGCUCUCCGGCAGGAACAGGAAGUCAACAACGCCCGGCAGAUGGAGGCUCUCAAACAGCAUUAUGAAACAACCCUCCAGGAGCUUCAGAUGACUCAUGAGCAAAACGUGAAUGCCUUGGACAAGACUCUCAAAGACUCGGAGGCAUCUCUCUCUCGACAGAUUGAGGAGCUGGCAGUGGAGAACAACGAGCUCAAGAUGAAACUCCAAGCCGAAGAGGAACGGAGGAGGAUACUGUCUGAGAAGAGCCAGAAGGAUGCCCACACUCUGUACCUCGAGCAGGAGCUGGAGAGUCUGAAAGUUGUCCUGGAGAUCAAGACUCAGCAGCUUCACCAGCAGGAUAAAAAGAUCAUGCAGAUGGAUAAACUAGUGGAGUCUAAUGUGAAGUUGGAUGAAUACCUUAACAAGGUGCAGCAGGAGAACGAAGACUACAGAGCCAGGAUGGACAAACACCAAGCGCUGUCCAGGCAACUUUCCACAGAGCAGGCCAUGCUGCAGCAGACCUUGCAGAAGGAGUCCAAGGUCAACAAACGUCUGUCUAUGGAGAAUGAAGAGCUCCUGUGGAAGCUGCACAACUGCGACCCGAGCAGCCCGCGCCGCCUCUCGCCAACCUCGCCCUUCCACUCACCCCGAAACUCUGCUGCCUUUCCCACAGCUCCCCUCUCCCCAAGAUAACCCCUGACACCAACCCCAGCCCUGGGCGCCCAAGGCCUCCAAAGACUCUACAACCUCACCCGGACACCUUACACCCCCCUAUUCCUUAAAACUCUCCCGUCUAGAGCUAUCCCAAAAAAACACAACAAACAGAUCCUGAACGGACUUUUGUGACGCCGUUCAUAUCUCUUCUCAUUGUACAGUUUCAGAAAGACUUUAAAGAUUCUAUAACGUGUUCAUCCAAAAUAAAGAGUGGGAGAGAAAAUCGGAGAGAGCCAGAGACAAUGUCGCACGGAUGCACUUAGGGAGCGAGGGACUGCCCCCCCACGCUCUCCCGCCUUUUUUCUCCGACUGAACAAAAGGAGAGGAGGAGAGAGAAGAUGAUGAAGAGAGGAUAUGGUAAACCUCAGGGCUUGUAUAUAGUGUCUUGCCAGUUUUAUUUUUGAAUUAGAUUUUUCAUUUCAGCAGGUUUUGUGUACUGUGUCCAAGCGAUAGGGAUGUUCCUGCUAAUUAGUGAUGUGUGCUUAGAACACUCAAAUCUGAGUAAUUCAAAGGUCCAUAAUCAACCCAUAAUCAGUUUUGUGUUUUGAAAAUCCUCUUUUUAUUUCUCAAAAUGAAUUGGUUUCUUCUGCCCUACAGGAAAUAGACUUUUGAAUCCCUCAGACACAUACAAAAGAAAAUGAAAUUGUGAAGAGUUGCUCAUAAGUAAAAUUGUUUGCUAUCCAACAUCUUUACCUUGUAAUGAGACUGUAGAAUGUACUUCCCUGGGUGUUUUGAUUUCUUUCCAGAAUGUUCUUCAUCCAUAACACUGUGUUAAGGGAAUAAAUCCCUUCCCCUCACCCGGAGUGACCUGCUUUCCACAUUUCUUUUUAUUUUGAACUCAAUAAAUACAGUGCUAUAAAACCUGGAUAAAAACAUA